AUGGUCUAUAACAUGCGGCUGAUCACUCUUAUUGCCUGUGGCUGUGCUGCUCUGUCGCUGUCAAUGCUGACGAUUGGGUUCGCCACCCCUGGCUGGCUUGUUGUCAGGGUAACGCCCAAAGAUACUUCCAUAUGGAACUUCAGCCACAAGGACCGAGAAGUGACGGUAUAUGUCAGUGUGUUUUUCGCGAGGACCUGUACCAGUCACCUGUGUGUAAUGACUAGUAUACAAGAGGGUAUGGCCAAGUCGGAACAGAACAUGGUUCACAAACACCUCUCGAGAGGUAUGAGCUGGAAUGUAGAGAUACAGGUGGAGGCAAUCAUCACCUUGUUCUGCGAACUAGUCGGACUAGUUCUCCUCAUUACGUUUAACAGAACCAAGGCGACGAAGAAGGGUCUGGGUAUCGCCGGGCUCUUCUGUCACCUGGUCUCAGCUAAUCUGGUGACAGUUCUCAUACUGAAAAUGGCAGCAAUCAACGGUCAGAUGGAGUUGUACGAAGAUAACGAACUCCAUUUUGAGGUGUGGACACCGUACUCGAUCGCCAUUAUUGGAGUUGGAGGACUAAUGUCCUACUUCACAGCUCUGUUCUGCAUUGUUCUGGUCUGUGUUCAGCAAUCUAAAGACGUACCUGUAGUCGUUGAUGAGGAAGACAUGCCCGGGAAUAUCCGGCGUCCAAAUGGCAACUGUAUUCACUCAAAUCUAAACGGUUAUUCUGUAAUUCUACAAGACGUUCAUACAUGUAAUUCCAUUCCAGAAUCUCCCAACAAUGAAUCCUACAGAUAA